AUGACGGACGAGCUGGCUCCACCCCGCAAGAGCGUCGAACUCGAGGACCCUGGUGCCAGAGAGCUCGUGGAAGAGUCGAGCGACGAGCACUUCUCCGACGCCUCCGAAGGCCGCGCUGGCCAGAUCCGCAGGUCAGAUGCGACUUCGCCAAUUCCAAUCACACGGGUUGAGCGCGUAGACGACGAGCCCAGCCAUGGCGAGGUGCCUGGAACAGAUGCAUACCAGAAGAGGACACAGGACGCCGUGCCUGACGAGGUCGAGAUCAUCCCUGACGGCCUCAGAAGCCGCAGCACAUCGCGCGUCAGCAUGAGUGACCGACCCCUUACGCCUGGAGGAGCCGAUCGUCCCCUGACGCCUGGAGGAACGCCUAUCCCCAAGACGGUCGUGGAGAGGAUCGAUGACGAGCCCUCUCACGGUGAGGUUCCUGGUACACUUGCCCACCAGCUGCGUCUUGCAGACGCCGAGCCCGACGUCAUCGUAAAGGUCCCUCAGCCUACAGCGCGAAAGAGCCAAGGGUCGCCAACCUCGAGUGACAGGUCUCCCGUAAUUCCAGACGACCCAGAGGACGCGGAUGAGUUUGGCUUCAACGAGCCGGAGCCGCCUGGCAAUGCGGAUGACGACGACGGGUUUGGCGAUUUUGAUGAGUUCGAGGAGGGUGGGGAAGGAGAUGACGAUUUUGGGGAUUUCGAUGACGGGUUUCAGCAAGGCGAAGAGGCAGAGACUUCAUUUGACGGAUCCCCUGAUCAACCUCCUGUACCUGCCCCCUCACCAGGUCUUCCCGUCCUGGACUUUGAUCAACUCUCCUCAAUUGAACAUAGCAUCACCGCAACACAACCCUACAUUGAUGAAAUAUACCCAUCGCUACGAGACAUACCCAGCAUAUCUGCCACAGCUGAGGAUACGCGAUCUACAUUCCUGUCCGAGCGGAGUCGGUCGUUAUGGACACAGCUUGUAGCCCCACCACCCCUACAGCCUCCCGACUGGGUACGCUCUCGCAUACGGCGGCUCUUCCUCGUCUCGCUCGGCGUACCAGUCGAUCUCGACGAGAUUCUGCCAGCGUCGAAACAAAAGAAGCUCAUUCUUCCGUCUAUAUCCAUUUCCAGUGAGAAAUCGCCUCGCCCCUCAGCAGACGGACGCAACCCGCUGGGGCGAGUCAAGAAGGAAAACGCAUCCUCAACGUCUGUGGACUCAUCAAACUCAAAGACAGAGAGGAAACGAAAAGGGCCUCCGGCACCUCCAGACUUCGAUGUUAGCUCGACAACAAUGUUGUGUGCAACGACGGAUGCUGCGCUACAAAACUUCACGGUGGAGGAGUUACAGGCGCAUGUGGAGAAGCUGAAGGGGCUGCAGGAGAGGGCAAACGAGGUGUUUGAGUACUGGCAGAAACGCUUGGAGAGCGCGUUGGGGGACAAGGAUGCAUUCGAGCAGGUUAUUGAAAGUUUGGUCGCGCAUGCGAAGAAGCUAAGGUAGUAAACUUUUUAGAUAGACACACAGUUAUGGAGGGGGUAAUGACGUAUGACGACGGGGUCUGGCAACCAUAUGAAACACUGCACAUAAAACAAUGCGGUGUAACCCUCGAGACUCG